AUGCCAUGCCAGCUGCCUACGAAUUUAGUCAUAAACAAGGUCUGGUGGGCGGUGCUGGCGGGCGGCCGUCGGGCCGACCCAACCCAACCCAACCCAACCGAGCUCAGUAUCGGCCGUGGUCCAGCCCCUUCGCCGACACACUCAUACAUAGGAAAAACGCAGAUUUUAAGCAAGUUAUUCGGUCAUCUCCAACUUGGUGAACUAACGCUAUACGGGGCUUCAAAAAUGUUGUCGUACUACAAGGGAAUUAUAGUCACGGGUAAUAACAACAAGAACACCAAUAACAACAAUGACAAGAAGAAGAAGGAAGAAGAAGAAAGACGAAAGAAAAAUAACAGUAAUGGCAGAAGCAACAACGGCAGCAGUAGCUCGAGCUCGAGCUCAAGCUCAAGCUCCAACAUUGGCAAUCGCGCUACCGCGGCCAUUGUCACAUUGUUGAGAAAGGCUACCGUUGCUCCCAGCAAACCAGUAGUUGCGCUUCCAUUGCCAAAAGAGGAAGAGGAAGAUGAUGGUCUUGAGUAUAUUGAGCUCGCUGAGGAAGCCGAGCAACAUUUCUGUGCCACUGAAGAAGACAUCGGAACAGUUGAAAUUCUUGGAAAGCCGAUUCCGAGAAGUCUUCCAGUUCCAAUUCGCAAGAAGAGAGUGCUGCCAUUUGCCUGCAAACGCAAUGCUCAAUAUGGAAGCUACACUCGUCCAGCGAACAGCUACUAUCCAUUCGGAAAUCCGUUCUCCAACAACUACAGCGCCAACAGCUACAUCUAUGACGCGUUCCGUGAGAUUUGCGAGGAUCUCGAUCGCAAGGACAUCAUUAAGCGCUUGGUGCCGCUUCUUGGCCUCGAUGAGACGAUUUUCUUCUUUGAUUGCGAAACUCAUACGAUUAUCUCGGAGAAGGAUUUGUUGGCGCUCAUUGAUCGCCUUGAGCAGGAAAGAUGUCGCGCAAAUGGAACCGAUCCAGCGCUUUUGGAGCAACAUGAUUCGAUCGCAUUCCAGGAUCGUCCGAUUCCAAUCUUUCCACUCGUCGGACGUCCAGAUGUCUUCGAUGUCGGAUACUUCACCGAUGACAAGGAUAGCGUUGAGAACCAUCCAAAGUUCCUCGACGUUCAGCCGUUCUUCGUUGCUCGCAAACGAGCUGUCGCUGCCAACAAUCAAGACAUCGAAGACGAGCUCGUCCGCGGCUACGACAUGAACAUUCAGAACAUCAAUAAGCUUAUCCGCCCAUAUCUUAUUCAGCUCGAGGAUGAGCACAACAAGAGAAAUGACGCGAUUAUCGAAAUGCUUCAGAGACAAGCUGACUAUGAUCCAGACCGCGAUGAGCCAUUCUAA